AUGGGAAUAGCAUGCUCCGUGGUCGUCCCCAGCAAAUCCAGCACCGUGGGGCCCGAAAUCCCAGAGUCUUUACGUCCUACAGCUUUGCAACUGACCACGAUCCACCCUACCUGGAUUGACCGGUUCCCGUUUCCCAAAAUGAGAGACAACAUGAUCACGCUGAUGGGCAUCAUUAAUGAGGAGGAAUUUCUUGCCGACUUGUUCUGCCUGACGAGCUUUACCUUGAACCCCGGUGCUGCGUCCUGGGAUCCCACCGCAUGGAAGAUUGGGAAGGAAUUUUCAGCGAAAUGGGGCUAUCUGUUUUACUAG